AUGCUCUCCGUGUGCAGGAUUCCUGGUUUGGUGACCACGACCUCGCUCCGUGAAUCAAGGAAUAAUGCGGGAAGCUAUGAGUUGCCUUCCCACAUGCAGCUUUUACCUCGCCUCCUGCAGCAUCAAAGACGGAGAGGCUCCAGCUCUACUUCACCUCGUCGCAUUCUCAGAUUAGAAACCUGCCAUUGUGGAGAUGAUGCUAUCUCCGAGGUUACAGCCCUUUUUGUUGAAGCCCACACAGACAUGCGAGCUGUUUACAAAGAAAAAUGGAUGUGGUAG